UGGUUAGCAUGCGGAUGAAAGCGGAUUGUUUAUAUUUUUAUUCAGAAAAGUUAAGAGCAAAUACAUAUUUACGGAGAGUGAGUAAAGCAGGAGUUUCGUAAGAUGUGAGAAAGAGUUAUUGCUUCUUAAAUUUUGUUGUACAUUUAAAUUUGGGAGUUCAGGAUGUCUUCUCAAGUAGCCCAGUUUGUAGCUGGGCUGAAGUCCAGGAAUGUUGAUAUUCAGAUAAAGACUGCACGUGAACUGUACCAUUUCGCCAAAACUGAAUUAAGAGAAGUCCCACAAGAGGAACUAACCCAGUUUUUAGAUGAAUUCAACCACCAGAUAUUUGAGAUGGUUUCUAGUAAUGAUGUCCACGAAAAAAAAGGAGGUGUACUGGCUAUUGUAUGUUUAAUUGGUGGUGACUGUGACACAACAAAAACAAGAAUAACAAGAUUUGCAAACUAUUUAAGGAAUUUAUUGCCCUCAUCCGAUGUGGGUGUCAUGGAACUUGCUGCUAAGACUGUUGGUCGCCUAGCUACUGUUUCUGGUGUAAAGAGAGCUGAAUAUGUAGAGUUUGAAGUAAAACGAGCAUUUGAAUGGUUGUCUGAAGAGAGAAAUGAAGGCAGACGACACUCUGCAGUGCUUUUGUUAAAGGAAUUGGCUAUAGCAAUGCCAACUUAUUUCUAUCAACAAGUUUCAGGAUUUUUCGAUCAUAUAUUAGUAGCCUUGAAAGACCCUAAGCCACAAAUAAGGGAAGCUGCUGCAAAGGCUCUAAGGGCAGGUUUAGUGGUAACAGCUCAGAGAGAAACAGCAAAACAGUCAACAGCUAAGCCUCAGUGGUAUAUGCAAUGUUAUGAAGAAGCUAUGUUCUGUUUUGAAGAUAUUCCAUUAAAAGAAAAGGGUAUAAUUAAAGAAGAAAGAGUUCAUGGAGGUCUUUUAAUACUGAAUGAGUUAUUGAGAUGUUCAAAUGCAUGUUGGGAAAAGAAGUACACAUAUUUGAUGCAGAGUUUAGACACACAAAAGGAUAUAACGGUAUCUGAUGAUAUAAUUUUUAUUAGUACUAAACUACAUAGUCCAUCUGUGAAACGAGGAUAUUUGUGUGAUGGAUUUAAAACUGAAAAUGUUCAGUACCCUGUACCUAUUUAUGAAUCAGAGGUGUGCCGUAAAUUGCUCACUGAAAAAUUUGAGAAAAUAUGUCAUGAUGUGAUGGCACAGCGUCAUCUCAAAAUACAGGGAGUACCUCAGAUUUUACUUAUUAUUAUUCCAAGACUGGCUGCUUUCAACAAAGAAUAUUUUUGUAGAAAAUAUCUUAAUUCAACUAUGCAUUAUCUACUGGGAUCUCUUCGCAGUAGGGAAAAGGAUAAAAAUAUGGCAUUUACCACUCUUGGUCUUAUGGCAGCUGCUAUUGAAAAUGAUAUAGAAAACUACAUCCCUAGAAUAAUGGAUGUCAUAAAACAAGCUUUACCUGUUAGAGAUACUCAGACUAAAAGGAGAAUAUGGAUUGACCCUUCUAUAUUUGCUUGCAUUACCUUGUUAGGAAGUGCUGUUAAAGACUUAGUAAUGAAUGACAUAAAGGAGCUUUUAGAAGCUAUGUUUGCUACAGGUCUAAGUCCAUCCUUGACAAUUUGUUUAAAAGAGCUGAGUCAAAAUCUUCCAGCUCUUAGGGAAGAGAUAUCAGAGGGAAUGCUAAAUAUGCUAUCAUUAGUCUUAAGAAACAAACCAUUUUUACAUCCAGGUGUCCCCAGAAGCUUAGAACAACAGACCACAAUGAGCUUGGUUAUUGAACCUCAAGAUACUAUUAGUAUAGUGCUAGCCUUAAGAACUCUUGGUACAUUUCAAUUCGAAGGACAGCAUAGUCUUCUUACAUUUGUCAGAAGAUGUGCAGACCAUUUUAUACUAAGUGACCAACAGGAAAUCAGGUUAGAGGCUGUCAAGACUGCAGCUAAACUUUUAGCAGAUGCUACUAUCCGAACUACGAAAACACCUUCUAGAACACUUACAAUGCUCACUGCAGAAGUCAUUUGCAAGUUGCUAGUUGUCUCUGUGACUGAUCCAGAUUAUGAAGUUCGAUAUUGGGUAUUAGAGUCAUUACAUGACAUUUUUGAUGUACAUUUGGCACAAAUAGAAAAUUUAAGCUUCUUGUUUAUUGCUAUGAAUGAUGAACAAUUGGAAAUACGAGAAUUAGCUAUUUGCACAAUAGGGCGUCUAAGUACAGUUAACCCUGCCUAUGUUAUGCCAGGUCUUCGUAAAACGUUAAUUCAAUUUCUAACUGAGUUGGAACAUUCUGGAAUGAGUAGGAAUAAAGAACAGGCAGCAAGAAUGCUAGACAAUCUGAUCUUGCAUGCACCAAAAUUGGUGAAACCUUAUAUGGAAACUAUACUUAAUGUUCUUGUUCCUAAGUUGAAAGAAUCUGAUGCCAAUCCAGGAGUCAUAAUUAGCGUUUUGAAAGCUGUAGGUGACUUAGCUGAUGUUCAUGGUGAUAACAGCGGUCUUAAAAAGUGCUUGCCAGAACUGCUAACAGUCCUUCUGGAGUUAUUAUCCGAUGCAAGUGCAACAGAAAAGAGAAGUGUGGCGUUGUGGGCCUUUGGUCAGCUUAUUAGUGCAACAGGAUAUGUUGUCACACCAUACAGAGAAUAUCCAAAUCUAAUGGAUGUGUUGUUGAAUUUCUUGAAGACUGAACAACAACCUAAAGACAGAAGGGAAACAAUACGCGUUCUGGGAUUGUUGGGAGCCUUGGAUCCUUACAAACAUAAAAUCACUAGAGGAUUGAUUGAUGGCCAACCUGACUCAAGUUUAGUUCCAAUGGCUGAUAACAAAGCUGAGGAGAAUAACUUUGACAUGACUACCAGUGAGAUGUUGGUUAAUAUGCCAUCGCCUGUUCUUGAUGAAUACUAUCCAGCUAUUGUUAUAUCUACGUUAAUGAGAAUAUUGCGUGACCCGACCCUACAGCAACACCACACUAGUGUAGUCCAAGCAGUUACAUUUAUUUUCCAGUCCCUGGGCAUAAAAUGUGUUCCUUAUAUUUCGAGAGUGACUCCGAGUCUGUUGUAUGUCGCACGAGCCACAGAUAAUAACAAUUUCCGUGAAUUCUUGUUUACUCAGCUGGCUAAAUUGAUUGCGAUCGUCAAACAACACAUUCGAAAUUACUUAGACAAAAUAUUUGAUUUAAUCAAAGAAUUUUGGACACCUAACAGUCCUUUGCAGCAUACUUUGAUAUUAUUGGUAGAGCACAUAGCUGUAGCUCUGGGAUCAGAGUUUAAAGUUUAUUUGCCUCAACUGAUGCCGCAGAUAUUGCGGGUGCUCGCUCACGAUACGAGCAAAGAUAGAUUCGUGACAGAAAAACUUUUGUAUGCAUUACAAAAAUUUGAAGAUAACCUCGAUGAUUAUAUGCAUCUUGUUAUUCCAUCGAUUGUCAAAUUAUUCGACGCAUCAGACUGCCCAAUAAACGUCGCUAAAGUCGCGAUGGAGACGGUUGACUAUCUCUCUGACACUCUGAACUAUAGUGAACUCAUAUCGAGGAUAAUUCAUCCGCUCGUGAGAAAUCUCGAUACGUGUCCUGCUCUGCGACCUACCGCAAUGGAUACUCUGUGUGCUUUGAUCGUCCAACUUGGACGUAAAUAUAACGACUUCAUACCGUUGGUGCAGAAAGUGACCACAAAGCAUAGAAUACAACAUGCUAACUAUGAUUUAUUACUUUCAAAAUUGCAAUCCAGUCAGACAUUCUCAAUGGAUGAAUUCUUACAAAGCACUAGACGCAAGCCGCGAAAUAAUAAUCAGGAGGCUCGUUUCUUGGUGUGUGAGACAUCGCAGUCGAUCCGCAAGCUGUGCGUCAACGCGCACAACUUGAAGCUCGCGUGGACGGUCAGCAGCCGCGUGUCGAAAGACGAUUGGCUCGAGUGGUUGCGCCGUUUCAGUAUCGGCCUGCUCACCGAGUCUCAUAGCCCAGCGCUCAGAGCUUGUCUGGCCCUCGCGCACAACUACUCCCAACUGCUGCGCGACCUGUUCAACGCGGCAUUCGUAUCCUGCUGGACGGAACUCGAGAACUCUUCGCGAAGUGAACUGUCCAGCGCCCUAGAACAAGCCCUAACCGCACCGGAUGCCCCAGAACUGGCCCAUACAGUUCUCAACCUCGCAGAAUUCAUGGAACAUUGCGAGAGCGGUACUCUGCCUAUAUCCACGCACCUGCUCGGAGAGAGAGCUAUGCAUUGCAGGGCUUACGCUAAAGCACUGCAUUACAAGGAAGAAGAAUUUCGAAGUGGCGCCACUUCUCAAGUAGUAGAAGCGUUGAUACACAUAAAUAAUAAACUUCAACAAAAGGAGGCAGCUGAAGGUCUGCUCGAGAGAGUGAUGGCCCAACGCGAGGCGGGAGACGCCAGCUUACAAGUACAGAUACGGUGGUAUGAGAAACUACACAACUGGGAGAAAGCUCUUCAUCUCUACGAGGAAAAGUUAACCGUAGAUAACGAUAACAUGGACGCCUAUCUCGGUGAAUUGCGUUGUUUUGAAGCUCUGGGCGAGUGGGUCAAACUUUAUAAUACAGUUUCCAAGCGAUGGCCCGGUAUGUCCAACGAUGAUAAAUAUAAGGCAGCCAGGUUAGCCGCCGCUGCCGCCUGGGGAUUGAAAGAAUGGGAGUCUAUGGAAAAAUAUGUCAAUUUCUUACCAGAAAACACCCAAGAUGGAGCUUUUUACCGGGCCGUUCUCAAUAUCCAUAACGGAAAGUUUGAUAUAUCCAAACAGUUCAUAGACCAAGCGCGCACUUUGCUGGAUUCUGAACUAACAGCCGUGGCUGGCGAAAGUUACCAGAGAGCAUAUGGCGCUUUAGUUAACGCUCAACUGUUAGCAGAACUAGAGGAAGUCAUCACUUAUAAGCUAGUAGGCGAGAGAAGGGAAUGCAUCCGUCAAGCCUGGUGGACGAGGCUUCAGGGUGGGCAGAGGUUAGUUGAGGAUUGGCGAAGAAUCCUACAAGUGCGCAGUUUGGUAUUGACGCCUCAAGACGAUAUGGCUACAUGGCUUAAGUUUGCAUCGCUCUGUCGAAAGAGUGGAGCACCACGUCAAGCACACGGAACUUUAGUAAUGUUAAUGGGAACAGACCCCAGCGAGAACCGAGACUUACCAUUACCCACACACGAGCCUAGACUAACACUCGCUUAUGCAAAACAUUUGUGGGUAGCUAUCGAUAAGCAGCUGGCGUAUGAUCAACUGCAGCGUUAUGCAGCCACCGCUGAAGCUGGUGAGCCAGAACACUGCCGGCUAUUAGCUCGUUGUCACUUGAAACUUGGUUCGUGGUGUGAGUCUUUACAUGGGAUUAAUGAACAUUCUAUACCUGAAAUACUAGAUAAUUAUGCGUCGGCUAUAGCACUGGCACCCGAUUGGUACAAAGCGUGGCACGCUUGGGCGUAUAUGAAUUUUGAGACUGUUCUUUUCUACAAACAUCAGGAAACUAAUGUGUCCGAUUCUCAAUCGGGAGAGAAGAAACCUACAUCUGAAUGCAUUCAAAACCACACGGUUCCAGCCGUUGAGGGUUUCUUUAAAUCGAUAAACCUUUCUCAUGGCAGCUCUUUGCAAGACACUCUUCGUCUGCUAACCAUGUGGUUUGAUUACGGGCAUUACCCGGCCGUACACGAGGCCCUCGUCGAAGGAAUUAGGACUAUCGAAAUUAACGUCUGGCUACAAGUGAUACCUCAACUCAUCGCCAGGAUUGAUACACCAAGGGCUCUUGUGGGGAAACUGAUCCAUUCACUUUUGAUUGAUAUUGGGAAGUCGCACCCUCAAGCUCUCGUCUAUCCGCUGACUGUAGCAUCCAAAUCUUCGUUUGUGGCGCGCAGGAAUGCAGCCAACCAGAUCUUGAAGUCGAUGUGUACUCAUUCGAGUAAUUUGGUUAAUCAAGCCGCGAUGAUUUCUGAGGAACUCAUUAGAGUAGCUAUAUUGUGGCACGAGCAAUGGCAUGAAGCGCUGGAAGAGGCUUCAAGGCUGUACUUCAGCGAGCACGAUGUCAAGGCUAUGUUCAAAACGCUGGAGCCUCUACACGCGAUGUUGGAAAGAGGUCCACAGACACUCAAGGAAGUGUCGUUCACUCAGGCUUACGGGAGGGAUCUCAACGAUGCCCAGGAAUGGUGUAAUCGUUUCAAGGAAUCGGGUUUGAUACGGGACCUGAACCAGGCGUGGGACCUGUACUACCACGUGUUCCGUCGCAUCAGCCGGCAGCUGCCGCAGCUGACGUCGCUAGAGCUGCAGUACGUCAGUCCAAGGUUGCUGAACUGCCGCGACCUGGAGCUAGCGGUGCCAGGCUCCUACGUGCCAGACCAAGACCUCAUCCGCAUCGCGCACAUACAGACCAGCCUAAGUGUGAUAACAUCGAAGCAGAGGCCCCGGCGUCUCACCAUCCGCGGCUCCAACGGCAAAGACUACAUGUUCCUACUGAAGGGCCACGAGGACUUGCGUCAAGACGAGCGCGUGAUGCAACUAUUUGGCCUUGUCAACACUCUGCUGCAGGCCGACCCUGACACUUUCCGGCGCGACUUGGCCAUACAACGAUACGCCGUUAUACCACUAUCAACAAACUCCGGCCUAAUAGGCUGGGUACCGCACUGCGACACAUUACAUUCCCUGAUCAGAGACUACAGGGAGAAGAGGAAGUGCUUGCUGAACAUAGAGCAUAGGAUCAUGCUACGCAUGGCCUCGGAUCUGGAGAAGCUGAUGCUAAUGCAAAAGGUGGAAGUGUUUGAACACGCGUUAGAGCACACGGCCGGCGACGACCUAGCCAAGCUUCUAUGGCUCAAAAGUCCGUCCUCCGAAGUGUGGUUCGAAAGACGAACGAACUACACUCGCUCCCUGGCUGUCAUGAGCAUGGUCGGAUACAUACUGGGGCUGGGAGACCGACAUCCCUCCAAUAUCAUGCUGGACCGAGUCACCGGCAAGUUCCUGCACAUAGACUUCGGGGACUGCUUCGAAGUAGCCGUCACGAGGGACAAGUUCCCAGAAAAGAUACCGUUCAGAUUGACCAGGAUGUUGAUUAACGCGAUGGAGGUUACCGGCAUCGAGGGCACAUAUCGUCGCACAUGCGAGUCAGUGAUGGAAGUACUCCAUCGACACAAGGACAGCGUGAUGGCCGUACUGGAAGCUUUCGUAUACGACCCGUUACUGAAUUGGCGAUUGGUGGAAGCUUCCAGAAGGACGGACGAAUCUCCCCCCUCCCCCGCACCCGCCCCAGACCCCCCAGAAACCCAUUUGAAUAAAAGAGCACUAGCUAUAGUAAAUAGGGUGCGCGACAAAUUGACAGGCCGCGAUUUUCCCCAUAUAGAUGAAAAUGUGACAGUACAAAAGCAAGUUGAGCUGCUAAUACAACAGGCCACAAGCAACGAGAACCUGUGCCAGUGCUACAUUGGAUGGUGUCCGUUCUGGUAGAUUUACGCUUUUUGUUGUGUAACAUUUUACCUCUCGCUUUCGUGCAAUUUGUGGGAGUGAUUACGUGAAGUGGGACGGAAGUGUGUAACAGGAAGUCGCGAAAGCGCGCGCUAUUUGAUUUGAUUUUACAUAAUGUUCAAAUGGCUUAUUCCUUUUGUUGUAGGUUUUAUUUCUUUUUUUACUAAUAUAAGGUGAGGUUUCAAAUGUUACACAUCAUACGCGACUACUGUAAGGCUCGCUCGUUGAUUUUGUCGUUAAUCUGUCUUUUUAGCACGAACCAAUAUCGAAUUCGAAUAAAUGAAUUCGAUCUCGAUACGCGCGUUAAAUGUGAAGAAGUUUUGUAUGGAAGAUUUUUUAUUGUCGUUACGUCCGUUGGCGCGCUGUUAAAAUUUUCAUUCAAAACUUCUUGACAUUUGACUCGUAUCGAGAUCGAAUUCAAUAAUGGGUACUGGAUACAGAGUUCUUCAGUCGGAUACUGCUAUGCUCUGUGCCAGGGAUAGCCAAAGUGAUUCGAGAGAGAGACUUCUUGAAAAUUUUUCUUUAAUUUUUCUAGAGAAUUGAAAGCUAUUUUUGAUAGUGAGUUGUUAUUUAUUAGUUUGAGCUUUUCUGUGGAACGUUAAAGUUAUAUAUUUUUUUGCCUUUGUACCAUCUCUGCUCAGAUACACAUUAUGAAGAUUACGUAAUCUAGCAUGAGUGGUUAGAUGUGCAUUUAACGACUACUCAGAGAGGACAAUUUAACUUUAAGCAUGAUCAAAGAUCUUUCUUCUUCUGUUGUAAAUUUUUGCAGCACAGAACUGACAAAUUUUCCUAUCGAUUUUCAAUCUUAGCGUUUUGGUCCAUAGCUCAAAAUCGGUUGUAGAAUUUUAACAUUUUGUGUUAAGACUGACGUGCUGUCAUUCGUUCAUAUAUACUAUGUGUUGAAUAUGUUGUCUUUUAAAAUGUAAUGUUAUUUUAACAUAAUAACAGAGAUUGUUCAAACAUAAUUCAAAUAUUUUUCAUUACAAUGAUAUUUUUUUUGCUUGUGUUAGUUGUGUUCACGUUGUGUUUGAUAAGUCGGUAAAGUAUGAACAAAACCUGUAUGUUAUCACCAAAUGUAAAUCAAUAAAAAAAUGUUUAAUAAUGUGAGCAUCAGUUCAGUAUAGAAUGAUAGUUUAUAUAGAAGGAGUGUUAAAAUAGCCCCAAUAUGCAUUGGGUCGACCCUACUUUUUUACUAAUAAGUCCGCCAAUGUAUUAGAAAGAGAUAGAUAUUGUUCUAUCUCU